AUGCUGAGGUUGUCUCUGCCCCCGACCCCUACUCCCUUCGUCUCCCCGUCGCCGAGACGGAGCACGCUCCCGCCGCAGUCCUCCUUCUAUGGAGCGCGGCUCCGGGCGGUGGCGCCGCUUCUCCGCGUCAGGAGCCCUCUUCGGGUGGGCACGGUGAGGAUGAUGGCGAAGAGGGAGGAGGAGUUGAAGGAGAUCAGGGAGAUGACCACGGAGCAGAUCAACGAGGAGGUGAUCGACCUCAAGGGGGAGCUCUUCAUGCUCCGCCUCCAGAAAUCCGCCCGGAACGAGUUCAAGAACAGCGAAUUCGGAAGAAUGCGCAAGCGGGUAUGCGUUGCGUUGUGUCCAUUGGAUGGAGAACCCUAUCACUAGCUUGAUUUUCGCGGUUUGGUUUUUCUGGAAUCACCGUGGACGGGAUUAAUCCGGAUUUUCGGAGUUUCGUCUGAAUUCCUUCGUGCUCCCGUUGAAUUUUUUUCAUUCACGUAUAUCAUUAUUCAUGUUCUUACGUCAGAAACUGGAACUUAUAGAGAAUCACUUUUACUGACGGUUGGGAUUCCGGUGCGAUUUUGUUACCCUAAUGUCAGUGAAAUGGUUCUCCUCGGUUGCUUGUGCUUCCACUCAGGGAGAAAGGGGGACCUCAUGGGGACCCCGAAUGGUUCUUGUGGAUAAUCCGAGCAGAGAAUCCAAAACUUUCUGUUCACAUUGAUUCAACCCAUGUGGAAUCUAUCUUCAUAAGAUAAUCUAUCGUUUUCCAUCAUCUACGGUGUUCUCUGUAUCUUCAAUAAUGAUCUCUAGGAGCUUAUUAAUGGUUGCCAUGUUCUUGAGCAAGUUUAGACGAUCAUUUUUCUUGAAAAUACUGAUUCAUUGGGUAAUUUUCCGUACAAUGUAUGCAGAUGCUCAUUAAUCCUCCUGUGUUCUGUAAAAGUCUUUCGGAGCAGACAUCCUCUUGUGGUGUUCUUGACUGCAAAUCUAGAUUCAUCACUUCUAUUAUCCAAUUCAAAUGAAUGCCUGUUUAUCAGGGUACCCGGAAUGCUAUGGAAAAAACCUAGAAACCUCGCCGAGUGUCAGCAAUGGGGGAAACAAUACCUGCAAUUUCCCAAGUACCCAGAAGCAGUGCCCUUGUUCUGUCAUCCAUUUCCUCGAAAAGAACCCUAGAAACUUCACCUGGAGCCUUUAAUGGCACUGGGGUAUUCAAGCCACAGAGAUUUUUGCUCUUCCUGUGCCCGUUUGACUCCCACGGCCCUGAUUUGCUCUUCAUCCGGCUCGCAGGUUGCCCGGAUGCUGACAGUGAAGAGGGAGCGGGAGAUCGAGGAGGGGAUCAACAGAAGGCUGUCGAGGAAGCUGGACAGGAAGUGGAAGAGGAGCAUCGUCGUCAGGCCCCCACCCUCCCUGAAGAAGAAGCAAGAAGAGGAGAAGGCAGCAGAGGCUGCUGGGAAGGCAUCAUAA